GAAAUAUUUGAAACAAGUUAGCAGUGACGUGCGCAUGACCAGACUGACCAUAUCCACAAGAGACUGGCGAGCUAUCCAUACCUUCCCACGACAGUCGGAAUUGUAUGGCUUACUGUACCAUUCUUCCCAUUUCCUGUUUUCAACCGAUUCGUGCUUCCGCAACUCCUCUUCCUCCGUCCCAGAAAGCCCGCUUCGUUGCUCGCCGUAAGGAAUCCGUUUCAGUUCAACAACUCCAACGUCCCCUAAUUGAAUACAUGAAGUUACCGGCGAGUCAAUAUUCAGUGUUGGAUGCGGAGAGGAUUGUGCGUGUCAGUGAAGAUACAUUCAGGUGUUAUGUUUACACAAUUAAGUUUUUCACCUUUGAGGUUUGUCCCGUUUUGCUCGUCAAGGUUGAACAGCAACCUCAUGGCUGUUGCAUUAAGCUCUUAUCCUGCAAGCUUGAGGGCUCGCCGAUGGUUGCCGCGCAGAACGAUAAGUUUGAUGCUAUAAUGGUGAACCGGAUAUCGUGUGAUAGCGACUCAAAUGAGUCACUGGUGCAGCAACUCUCAUCCGACACUGUAAUUGAGGUAAGCAUUGAAAUUCCUUUUGCGUUCAAAGCAAUACCAAAGCAAGCAAUUGAAUCAGCUGGGACUCAAGUCCUUGAACAGAUACUCAAGAUUAUGCUUCCCCGUUUUAUGUCACAGCUUGUGAAAGAUUAUCAAGCCUGGGCCUCUGGAAAUGCCUCAAGACAACCUCUUGGGACAGGUGAAAUCUGAAAUGAUGGGCAAUAGUUAAUGCCACUGGUGCAGGCUUUAAUUUGUAGUGUUGAUAUGUUAUAGUCUUAUAUAAAUGAUGUUUGUAGUGUGUGCAUUGAUGAGUUACUGGAUUGUUAUCUAAGUAUAUAUAGUUUUUUCUGAUUCUUUUAGGACAAACCGAGCAUACGGGGGGGUUGUAAAUCUAGGAAAUCAUUGUUAGUUAUGAUUAUGAUAUUCAAGUUAUGGUUCUAUAAUCUCAAUGUUAAAAGUAUAAUGAAUUUGAAAGUUUCACAAACUUUUUACAUGGGUGGUGGUUGUUUUUGGUGGAAGAAGUUCAAUGAAGUGCAAAAUGGAGAACCAUCUGGGGUUUUCACCACUUCAUAUAUUUUUUAGUUAUUA